AUGCAUUCCCUCCUCCCUUCCCUUCAGCAAUUGAAAUUGAGGCGUCUUCCACAACUUGAUUCAGUUCCAAAUGGGCGUUUGCCUUCCAAGUUAAAAUCCCUUUUGAUCCAUGAUUCUAUCAAACUCAACGCAUUAAGUCCAUCACUGCAAUCUCUCCUUUCUCUUUCAAGCUUCAGUUUUUGUGGGGACGAUGACGUGGAGUCCUUCCCUGGGGAGACACUGCUGCUGCCCUCCGCUCUUACAUUUCUUAGAAUCAACCGUUUGAGAAAGCUGAAAUAUCUGGACUACAAGGGGCUUCAGCACCUCACCUCUCUUCGCGAUGUGAUGAUCUGUGAAUGUCCUGAGCUUGAGCUCAUCCCAGAAGAGUCGCUGCCAUCCUCCACUGAAGACCUAAUCUUGGGUUUAAAAGAUCUGGACUACAAAGGCUUAAAGCACCUAACCUCUCUUCGCCAAUUGAAGAUCUGGAAUCAGGACUACAAUGGGCUUCAGCACCUCACCUCUCUUCGCAGUCUAAAGAUCGAUCUAUGUUCUGACCUUGAGUUCAUCCCAGAAGAGUCGCUGUCAUCCUCCAUUGAAAGUUUGGAUUUGAAAGAUCUGGACUACAAGGUGCUGCCCAUCCCAGAAGAGUCGUUACCCUCCUCCCUUGAACUCCUUGAAAUCCGGAAUCUGAAAUCUCUGAACUCCAAGGGGCUUCAACACCUCACCUCUCUUCGCGAAUUGAAGAUUUGCGGAUGUCCGAUGCUUGAGUCUAUGACAGAAGAGGGGCUGCCUUCUUCCCUUGAAAGCCUUGAAAUCACGAAUCUGAAAAAUCUGAAAUCUCUGCAGGGGCUUCAGCACCUCAACUCUAUUUGCAAUUUGGACAUCUGGAAUUGUCAGAAGCUUGAGUCCAUGCCAGAAGAGGGACUGCCCUCCUCCCUUACAUGUCUUAGAAUUUUCGAUUGUCCUUCGCUGGUAAAAAGGGUUUCAUCUAUUUCUCCAAGGAUUAACCCAAGAGAUAGCCUAUGCCUCAUGGUGAAAAUGACAUCAUUCCAUAAUCACGCUGCUGCAGCUUCCAUUACUUCUUCUCUUUUGUUGGUCAUAAUGAAGUAUAAUCAACAUUCGCCAACAUCAUUUCAGCAGCAGAAAAGGGGAAGAUUGGCUCAAGAUUUCUCACAUCCCCUAUAUAACCUUAAGAAUGUUCUGAUGCUUAGACGUGCUUUCUCUUUCAAUUGGCCUCCACCUGGGCCUCCCCAGCUAGCCAUGGAGCUUGUCAAUAUGGGAAAAAGCUUAAUAUGUAACCUGGUUGCUAUCAAGAGAGUUCAACCUGUACUGAAUAUACUGGAGCCAAAACUUGUACAGGGUCUCAUCUACUUCUGCCAGGCUGCGAAAGCUGUUCAAUCUCUACUGAAAAUAUUGGAGCCCAAAAUUUGUCCAGAGGUGGAGUUGGAAACUGAUUGCUUGUUGCUUGUUCAAGUGAGUCAAAAGCCUUUCAAAGUUGAUUUUGAUUCUCGAUCACUUUUAGAAGACAUUGAAGAUAUGGCAUCAGGUUUCAGAGAUUUUGUUACUUGCGAAGAGACAAGGAAACCAAGUGGCAUAUGA